UAUGGCUCUCGGUGUGCGCAGCCAUGAGGGUGUUUAGGGUGCCAUUCGAUCGGAGAGACGUAAAGAGCAACAACACAGCCUUGGCUGGUUGGCUUGUUGUGACUGCGUGAUAGUUUUUACAGCAACGUCAACGGAUUUAGGGGAGGACAGCGUCUUUCAUCCAUCUAAACACCACCAGUCCUGGAAGUUAGUCGUCGGUAAGUCUUCACCCAUAGCAAUGAGUCGCGAAUAGGACACGGAUAAUGUCGUUCAAGAAGGAGACGCCCCUCGCCAACGCAGUAUUUUGGGCAGCACGGAAGGGGAACUUGGCUCUGCUACAGCUGCUUCUCAACAGCGGACGCGUAGAUGCCGACUGCAAAGACUGUUAUGGCACGACAGCCCUUAUGGUGGCCUCAUACAGCGGACAUCAUGAGUGUGCCCGAGAGCUUGUAAUGCAGGGCGCAGACAUCAACUUGCAAAGAGAGACAGGCUCCACUGCACUUUUCUUUGCUGCCCAGCAGGGACACGAUGAUAUUGUCAAGUUUCUGUUUGAGUUUGGGGCCUCCACAGAAUUCCGGACAAAGGAUGGUGGCACAGCCCUUUCUGCUGCUAGCCAGUAUGGCCACAGCAAAGUUGUCGAGACCUUACUGAAAAAUGGGGCGAAUAUCCAUGACCAGCUAAAUGAUGGAGCCACCUCUCUAUUUCUUGCUGCCCAACAAGGUCAUGUGACAGUUGUGCGUCAGCUGAUAUCAUCUGGAGCAAAAGUGAACCACCUGCGUGAGGAUGGCACUGCCCCCUUGUGGAUGGCCGCCCAGAUGGGCCACAGUGAGGUGGUGAAGGUUUUACUUCUGCGUGGGGCCGAUCGUGAUGCUGACAGAAAGGAUGGUUCCACAGCCCUAUUCAAGGCUGCAUUUAAAGGACAAAAUAAAGUGAUUGAGGAGCUUCUGAAGUUCUCCCCCUCUCUGGGUCUUUUGAAGAAUGGUUCAACAGCCCUUCAUGCAGCUGCCAUGGGGGGGAAUCCUAAGACUGUAUCACUUUUGCUGGGAGCAAAUGCGGAUCCAUUUGUAGCGAAUAAUAAUAAUGAUCUCCCUGCUGAUCUUACUAAGAACGACCGAAUUCUUUGGCUUCUACGACCCAGCAUCGCCAAUGGAAGUUGAUGACCAUUUUACCCUGGUCCUCACCCUUGACCAUGGGUUUCCUAAGAAAUAAUGUACUUCCUGCCAGAGGUCAGAUAGCAAAGCAGUUUGGAUAUUCCAGUGAUAUUUAGGAGGAUAUAUUUUAUGGUGCUUGUUUGCAACUGAAGCUUUAUGAAUAUAUGGCCUAUAAAACAUGGUCUCUCAACUCCUGUCCACAUGACAUGUCUGGGCAACACUGUCUGGGCAAUUUUCUUCUGAACUCAUAACUAGAUUAACAAAAUUGACUCAUACUUUUUGUCACAACAACUUUAAUUCUAUACAAACAAGUAUUGCCUUAAUGAAGAUAUUUGCUGUGUACUGGUGGAUAUGUUACUAACUGAAGUUUAUUUCAUAUGGAAUCAAUUCUUGGGUAAUAUGUGAGAGACCUUGUUACUGUAAAUAACAUAGCCAUAAUAUAAUGAUUUAACUUAAACCUUUUACCACUAUGAAUGUCAUUAUCAUGCAAGUUUGGGUUCUUUUGCCUUUUCUUUUCCACCUGAAUUGCUUUGCUUUGAUAUUUCUGCUGUUAAAGGCUAAUUAUAAUUUUUUUUUAUUCUUGUUUGCCCUUUCUGUUUUGUAUGUGUGAUGAAGCCAAUUGUACUUUUUUGUUAAUCAUGGAAUAAAAUGUCUGUGUUCAUUAAGUUAA